CUUCAUUGUGUCACUCCUGACUUAUUCCUCGUCUUGUGCAGGCAUUGUCCCAAAUGCAACUUCAGACCGACGUCACCACCCUCGGCCAAACUCAGCAGACACAAUUCGAAUCUAUCAUGCAAGUUCUGAUGGCACUAGAUGCGAGACACUUACCUACAACCAUCGCCCCUGGUUAUGUGAUAAUGGUCGAUGCGACAGGACGGGAACAUAACAUGCUGCUUGAUCAGUGCAGUUCUGUUGAUCGACUGCUGGCCUUUCUUCCUGGCAUACUGCACCAAUGUCGGCCAGAUGAAGCUGAGAUCCAACAGUGGUAUAUUGACAAGGGACAGUAUGAUAUUGUGAUUGACGACGGCACUAACGUAACUCAACUGACAAGGGAAAGUGAUGUGUGGUCAACUAUUCAGCCAGGGACUAAAAUCAUCAUGAGGAUUAUUACCGUAGAAGUGGUCAGGAUAUUUUCUGCAAGAUGUCGGUGCCGCUGUGGGAAAUGGAAUGAUGUCGAGGUUGACGGUGCCACACUCAUGGAUGCAUUGGUACAUGGUUGCAGCAUCACGUGUCGCUACUGCUCGCGACGCUUUCAGAUAACGGGCACCCAAGAGCAAGACGUUAGAAGCUGGCAGGGGAGGAUAUCACAACUCAGUGAUGAUGGACGGAUGGAAGUAGCAGAGAGCCUCAUUCACAAUUUUGUGGUGAAGCAUGUGGUGUAUUGGACACAAUAUAUGCUUGUGUUUCAACACUACUGACGUUUUGGGCUUGGAAAACUACAGCUGGCAUAGUGUGACAGCUAAUUUGCACGCAGUUUGCUGACGACCGCAUAACUGUUCCAUGCCUUCAGAACGUGGGUGGCCGUGCAUUUU